AUGCCUCCUUCGGCUAUACUCAUGGAGGAAUUUGGCCAGCCAGACUCCCCAACGGCCAAGGCCGAGUUGCAGGAUGGGAAACUGCCAAAGCCUAGUACCGCUUCAACCAAAGCCGAAGAAUCUUCCGAAUUCGAUCAAGCAAUGCCUCAUACCACGAAGCGAGGCCUUUCAUCUCGCCAUGCCCAGUUCAUUGCCCUGGGUGGCGCCAUUGGCACCGGUCUGUUCGUCAGCUCGGGCAAGACCUUGGCGACGGGUGGUCCAGCCUUCCUCGUUGGCAGCUACGCGUUAUUGGCAGCCCUGGUUUACUGUGUUUUGACGGGCCUUACGGAAAUUUCGACAUAUCUCCCGUUGCCUGGAGGAACAGUGAACUACUAUGGCCGACGCUACGUUUCGCCUAGCUUGGGCUUUAUGAUGGGAUGGCUUUAUUUCUACUCAUUCGCCAUCUUUGUCCCGUUUGAGCUCACAGCUUCAGCACUGAUCAUCAAUUACUGGGGACCGAAUGUUAACAAUGCUGUAUGGAUUACCAUUAUGCUGGUGUUAGUCGUUUUCCUCAAUCUUCUUCCGGUCAAGUUCUACGGCGAAACAGAGUUCUGGUUCGCCAGUCUCAAAGUCAUUACCAUCAUCGGCCUUAUGAUCCUAUCCUUUGUACUGUUUUGGGGCGGUGGCCCCAACCAUCAGCGUCUGGGAUUUUGGUACUGGCAGAAUCCAGGUGCUGUGAAGACCUAUAUAGUUGGAGGUGACGCGGGAAGAUUCGUGGCCGGCUUAGCUACACUCAUCAGCUCAGUCUUGCCCUUCACUUUCACCCCGGAGAUGGUCGUUGUCACAGCCGGAGAGAUGGUGAACCCCCGACGAAAUAUCCCAAGAGUAGCCAGAAACUUCUUUUGGCGUCUCAUCGUAUUCUAUAUCGGCGGAAUGAUUGCCAUCUCCGUUAUUUGCCCAUCCGAUGCGUCUGCUCUCACCACGGGCGGCAAGGGGGCAGGAUCCUCGCCAUGGGUCUACGGCAUCCGCAACGCAGGGAUUCAUGGCCUUGAUAGUGUCAUCAACGCUGUUAUCAUCACAGCCGCUUGGUCUUCUGGAAAUUCGUUUCUUUACCUCGCGAGCAGAUCUCUGUAUUCGAUGGCCUUGGAGGGAGAUGCGCCUGCUAUUUUUGGCAGAUGCACCAAAUCUGGUGUGCCUGUUUACGCAGUGGGUGCAAGCUCGCUGUUUACCUUGCUGGCGUAUAUGAACGUCAACUCUUCCGCGGCUGAUGUUUUCAAUUGGCUCUUGAAUCUUGUAAAUACGGGCGGAUUCAUAUCUUGGAUCUGUUGCUCCAUCAUUUACAUUCGGUUCCGGAAAGCUUGUGAUUUACAGGGGAUGCCAGACUACAGAUUCAAAAAUUCUCGAUCUGUCUUGCAGCCGUACGCCUCUUGGUUCACCCUCUUCAUGUUCUCGCUACUGUGUCUCCUCAACGGCUUCACUGUCUUCUUCCCAUCACAAUGGUCGGUCGCGGAUUUUAUGUCAGGCUAUAUUGGGUUACCGUUGUUUGUGGUGAUUUAUUUCGUACAUCGGGGUUUUCACAUGGCAGACCCCUGGGUGAUUCCUAGCGAGUUCGUAGAUUUACAAACUGGACUGGCAGAAAUGGAUGCUGAAGAGGAGGCCUAUGAGAAAAUUGCGCACGUAGGGUGGAUCAAGCGGCUCAGAAACUUUGUCCUCCAACGUCUAAAGGCUUUAGAAAUCCAUACAUACACCAAAACAUCCUUGAAAAUGAGCCAAGUCCCUAAGAUCCUGGUCAUAGGAUGUGGCGCUGUGGGCACAAUGUGCUCUUACAGUCUGCAAAACUCUGGCCGUGUGGCUGUCACGGCCAUUCUCCGAUCCACUUACGAUGAUGUGAAAGCAAAUGGCUUCCACAUUAAGAGCAUAGAUCAUGGUGAAGUCGAUGGAUGGAGGCCGCACAAUAUCUCGCGCACGUUAGAUGACGCACUUCAGUAUGGACCAUUCGACUAUGUGCUUGUUGCCCUCAAAAAUCUCCCGGAUGUAUAUUCUAUUACAGAUGUCAUCCGACUAGCUGUCGCGUCUGAGAAGACUGCCAUUGUAUUGGUCCAGAAUGGCAUUGAUAUCGAACAGCCUCUCAUCGAUGCGUUUCCCGAUAACGUUGUCAUCUCUGGCGUUCCUCUAAUUGGUUGUGAGCAGAAUGGCCGCGAGAUAUUGCACAGCGAUCCAGACAUCCUUCUCGUCGGAGCUUUUACUAAGAAUCCUAACAGGAUGGAUCAAGGCAAACUCACAUGCUCCGAAUUCGCGGAAAUCUAUACCGCUGGAGGUGCCAAGUGUGAGGUCAAGAAAAAUCUAACCUGGUUCAGGUGGCGGAAGCUCUGCUGGAAUGCUUCUUUCAAUGCGAUCUGCGCCCUUACAAAUCUGGAUUCCGGUCUUAUCCAGGACGCAGGGGCCCUUGAGACCCUGAUCAAGCCCGCAAUGGGCGAGAUCGCUGCCAUUGCGAGCGCAGCAGGCUACCAGCUACCAGAGGACAUCAAGGAGCAAAUGGUCGCAUUCACGCCCAGGGAGCUUUACUUGAAGCCGAGCAUGCAGGUGGACGCAAUUAGGGGUAGACCAAUGGAGAUUGAAGUCAUUUUGGGGAAUGCAUUGCGAAUAGCAGAGAAGGUAGACGUCGAUGCGAAACUUCUGGGUACAUUAUAUCAACUACUCAAGGCGAAGCAACAGGUGUUGCUUUCAGCCAGAUAG